AUGAUUGUUAACACUAUUCGAUUUGUCAUAUUUCUUCAACUAACGGCAGCCAUAUCGUUUACAUCCAAGGAAAAAAGUCAUAAAGAUCAUAAAGAUAUCAAUGAUAAUGUUUUAAAGAUGUUUUUACCAGCUAUAAAAUACACCACUUCACAUGAAACUAAGGAUACCUACUGUGCAAUAUUGAACACCACUUUCAACAACAAUAAUGAAGACCUUGUUUUGACAUUUAACGUUCAAGAUAAGAAACAAGAUGCUUAUGAUUAUGAGAGGUUUGGUCAAAGUAGUGAGAUGAGAGGUAAACAGGUAGUUGAUUUUUUCGUUUCUGGUAUUGAAAGUAAAGAUUUAUAUCGGUCAAGAAGAGGAUUAAAGAAUGGUGAAACAAACAUCGUAAUUUCACCUAAUCAUGAAAAUUUAUUUAAAUUAUGUUUCCAUAAUUUUGUUUUUGAUGGUUCUUGGAAUUCUAUAGAUAUUGAUAAAUACGUGACAGUAGUUGUAUCAAAAGUUGAUCAACGUGAAAAUGAUGUAGCAUCGUAUAUAUAUACCGCUUUCCAACCUGACACUCAGGAAAGAAUGAUGGAUAUUAUCGUUGAAUUAGAUGAAAUUACUGGGAGUCAAGGCAAUAAACAAAUGCUACAAAUAGAGGAGUUCAUAAGGAAUAAAAAUGAGAACACAUUUGAUAAACUGCUUUAUGAAAUGGUUUCAUAUACAUUUGUUGUGAUAAUAUCUAGUAUAGUACAAGUAUGGUAUAUAAAAAGAAAGGUGUUCAAGUAA